AUGGACUCAUUCACGAGGAUCGUCGCUCGAGGCGACGAGGAGAAGGACAACAACAAAACGGUUAACAUCCUGAUCGCCCUUCUCGUUCUCGUAUUUGUCGGCCUCGUGGCCUUUGCGCUCCUCGUCCUGCUGCGGAGGAAGCGCAGGCAAAGACAGAUGAUGAACGAGACGCUGCCCCAGUACCACGACGUGAAGCGGACGGGUAACCACCGGCGACUCACCAUCCAGACCGGCAACGGUCGGUCAAGCGUUAUCGUUGUCGACAACAACGGCCAGCCUAUGCUCGCCAACCCCCAGUCGCCACCUCACUCUCCAGACAACGUCCCCGAGAUCCACAUCACAUUCCCUGACGAGCAGGACGACCAAGGUCGACCGAAGAGCGGCCGGGUGGUCGUCGUCAGGGUCGGCGAGACCAGCGUCGGCCUCGAGCCUCUGGACGAUGAGCAGCUGCCCGCCUACGAGAAGGAGAGCAAGACGCAGUUUUACUCCAUCGACAUGGACAAGAUCGGCGGGCUGAAAGAGAAGGAAUUCCAUUAA